GUCUAAAAAAAAUGACAAACACUCUCUCUUCUCUCUUUGCGUUUCUCGCGCCUCCUAGUUCCUAUCGCCGCUGCGACGGCGAAGAUCUUCAACCCUAGAGUUUCUAUGGCAGAAACCAAGGUGAAUCCAGCGUAUAAAGUACGGCUGGCAAUGGAAGGAAUAGUCAAGUCCUCGGUCGUGGAGCGGUGGAAUCGGCUUGUCCGUAAUCAAAUGGAAAUAUGAGAAUCCCAGUGUGGACUCGGGAUAAAGAUGAGAUAACCACAUGAGUUAUCUGGUGUUUAGCAAGCCAAUAAAAGAAUUGGCGAAGUUUAAUCAAUAGGAGGAGGAGUCUUCUCCAAAGACGGAACUCGGGAUUUUAGAGCCGGACGCUUAUUUAAGAAAGAUGAAUCAGUGGCAGUAUCGCCAUCAGAAGAGAAUCAUGGUUGCGGAAGAAGAGAAUAAGUAGCAAAUAGGCUGGAUUCGAGGGAAGAGCAGAAGCUCGCAUAAAAUUGGUAUGCUAAUGUUGAGUUGGGUUUUAUUUUUGUUGUUAUUUCGUUUAUGGUUUUACCCAUUUGUUGGGAUCUUGAGGAAUUGGUUUUGGAAUUGGGGGAUGCAGAUCAUGCAGAACCAGAAAGAAGCUGUCGAUUUGGUGCAGGAGAAACUGAUGGAACAUCAGGGAGUCCCUCCGAAACAUGAAAUUGGUGAACUAAGAAAAGAAUGGAGAUAGAUCUACGCAGGAAGUGAAUAGGGUUGCAGAUGAUCAGAUCGUGCAAUUCUCUAUGGAAGAUGUGGAAGUCGGGAUGCUAGGGUGAAAUUGAGUCUGUUGGGAAGACUUUUCAUGGAGAAUUCGCCCAGCCUAGCGGUGAUCCAUAAGGUUGUAACAGGAGCCUGUAAUUGCAAGGUUCAAGUGAUGGAGGUUGAAUUGGGGUUGUUGCAGUUCUUUUUCGUCACUGAAGAAGAUCACGAUUGGGUCCUGCAAAGGACUCCCUGGUCGGUUAAGGAGCGUGUUCUGCAUCUCCAGCCGUAGAUGCCAAUAACCAGAGUAGUGGUCGAGUCUUUUGAGACGGUACCUUUCUGGGUACAGAUGUGGGAUAUCCCCUCCAUUGUCGGACAACAGCCUAUGGCAGACGGGUAGCGGGAAAAUAUAUUGGUGAGGUCAUUGAUGUUGGAAUGUUUGCUAUCAAGGGUGAACCUGGGCAUUUCAUUAAGGCCAGAUGCAAGGUGAAUGUAUUCGAACCAUUGCGCUCUCAAGUUUAUGCUAGCAAUGAGCAAAUUGGUGAAUUUUGGGUGUCGUUGAUAUAUAAAUUUCUUCCUCUGUUCUGCUAUAAUUGUGGGAGAUUGGGGCAUAAAGCGCCUCAAUUUAAAUUUUUGGAUCUUGUGGGAGUGGAAUACUAUGGUCCAGAGCUUUCUACUAAUAUCACAGGCCAUCGCUUGGAUGAACAGUCCAAAAUACCGGUUCACCUACUACCGACAAUUCCCAAGUCGGUGUGGGUUAAUCCUGGAAUAAAGGGGAUUGCUACUGGGAUUGCUAUGGAAGGAAGCAAAUCAGGUGAUGGUGCUGGAGGGAGUUCGAUGCAGAGGGCACAAGGAGCCACAGGGGCUGUUGCUGCACAGAUUGCUUGGCUGGAGCAGGGGGUAUGAAGCCAAUUGUCGAAAAAGAGUUGGAGUAAGGUGAAGAUGUGUUGUAUGAGGGGAAACAAAGAUAUUUUGGUCGAGGACAGAAAGACUCGUUUGUCCAGGGUGGUGCUAGGAAUCGCGGUCGAGGUGCUGGUGGAUAUUUUCGUGGUCGUGGUAAACCUUAUCCUGAGCAUCCUGCUGCCGCGACUGCCAAUUUUGGAUAGGUUAGUUUGGAGGAAUGAGAUGGUUGGUAUUUGGUGAAGUUGGGCUAUCACACUACAGUGCAGCUAAGGCGUGCGAAGGGGAGGUGGAAGACAGAAGUAUCCUUCUGAAUAAAAGUUUCUGGAAAAGGAUUUGGAACUUUCCGAUUUCGCCAAAGCUAAAGCUUUUUCUUUGGCAGUUCAUGCGUCGUAUUCUUCCUACAAUGAAGGCCUUGAGGGAAAAGGGCGGUAUUGAUCAGGUAGAGUGUUCAGUUUGUGGUGAUCCUUUAGAAUCUUUAGAACAUUUAUUCUUGACUUGUAGAGUGGCAGCGGAUUUAUGGGUGAGCUUUGGUUUGAUGGGGGAAAGACAAAGAUUGGAGGGAUUGAAUAUUGCUUUGAUGUUUAGACGUAUUGUUUAGAGGAAUGAUGACCUGGGAAGGAUUAUGCGCUAUGGAGGAUUUGGAAAUCUAGGAAUUGGGUAGUAUUUGAUCAUUUGCAGUAUACUACUAGUUCGCUAGUUCGUCGGUUUCAAUUUCAGGUAAGGGAAAGUUUGGAAUUGCCGAACCAGGGGACAGGGAGAGUGUCGGCUGGGGGUGCGCAAGUGGCGGAGGUUCUGAUCCCUGCGCCAUUCUCGUGUUUUGUUGAUGGGGCAGUUUGUUUGGGGUCGCAUUCCUCUGGUGGUCUGGUUGUCCAGGAUCAAGAGGUUUCUAUCCUUUUUGUGAAUGGAUUCGUUUAUGAAGGUUUGACAGACCCGUAUCUAGAUGAAUUAAUGGAGUUCUGGUAUGCAUUCGCUGGUGCUCUUUGAAGGGUGUGACAGAGGUUGCUUUCUGGGAGAUGUGCAAGCCGUUAUUUCCAAUAUCAGAGACCAGGAUGUUCGUGAUGCUAAAGGAGGAGUGAUUCUUGAAGAAAUUUCUCAGUUACGUCUAGCUUUUACAGGAUUUUACAUUGGGUUUUGGGGAAAAAUCCAAAACUACCACUGUUUAAAAAAAAUUACAAAAAUACCCCCCACUCCCAAUAAUUUCCAAAAAUACCA